AUGGCCAAGUCGGACAAGAAGGCACCCAAGGCGGACAAAAAGGUGGCUAAGCCCGCCGCGGAGGCCAAGCCCGCGAAGACGGCAGCUGCGCUUGCCCCUAAAAAGAAGGAGAGCAAGAAGGCGAAGGCUGCGCCCCCGCCCCCGCCGAAGGAGCCGACCCCGAGCUCGUCGAGCGAGGAGUCCUCCGAGAGCGAAUCUGAGGACGAAAAGCCCGCGCCCAAGGCGCAGGCAAAUGGCAAGGCCAAGGCUGCUGCGCCCGCCGCGUCCAGCGACGACUCGAGCGACUCUUCCUCGUCUGAGGACGAGAAGCCCAAAGCCGCGCAGGUGAAGGCUGCACCCGCCGCUAAAAAGGACGAGUCCUCGUCCGACUCUGACUCCGACUCGGACUCUGAGGACGAGAAGCCGGCGCCGAAGGCCAAGGCCGCCGCACCCACAAAAGCCGCCCCCGCGAUGGCUGCAUCGGCCAAGGCCUCCCCGGCGAAGAAGGCGGCGCCGGCGAAGAAGGAGUCGAGCAGCAGCAGCGAUUCGAGCGAGGAUUCCUCGUCUGAGGACGAGAAGCCGGCUGCGAAGGCCGCUCCAGCGAAGGCGGCCAAGGCUGCUCCCGCCAAGGCAACUCCCGCCAAGGCCGCCCCUGCGAAGGCUGCCCCCGCUAAGAAGGCCGAGUCGUCGUCUUCGGAAGAGUCGUCGGACUCGGAGUCCGAGGAUGAGAAGAAGCCCGCUGCCAAUGGCAAGGCUGCUGGCGCGAAGGCCAAGGCCGCGUCGAGCGACGACUCGGACGACAGCGACUCGGAUUCGUCCGACGACACGACCACUGCCAAAAAGGCUGCCGCUGGGCCGCCCGCCACCGCCUCUGCCGAGAGCAGCGACGAGGACAGCGACAGCGACGAGGAUGUGGAGAUGGCCGAGCCCAGCGCUCCCCCCGCCAAGGGAGGCAAGCGCAAGGCAGAGGACGAUGCCCCGAGCGCAAGCAAAAAGACCAAACUCGCCGACGGCAGCGCCGCGCCGGCGGAGCAGGAGGAAGAGUCGAAGACGAUCUUCGUCGGCCGGCUUUCGUGGAACGUGGACGACGACCAGCUCGCGUCCGAGUUCGCCGAAUGCGGCGAGGUCGUCUCCGCCCGGGUCAACAUCGACCGCAACACGGGCAAGUCGCGCGGCUUUGGCCACGUCGAGUUCGCGGACGCGUCGUCGGUGCAGAAGGCGAUCGACACGAUGAACGGGAAGGAGAUCGACGGCCGGCCGGUCAACGUCGACCGGGCCCCCGGUCUGAACAAGAAUCAGCAGCGCGAGAAUCGGGCGAAGGCGUUCGGGGACAGCACCUCCGCUCCGUCGUCGGUCCUGUUCGUCGGCAACCUCAGUUGGGAUGCGACGGAGGACGCCGUGUGGGAGGCGUUCGGGGAGCACGGCGAGGUCAAGUCCGUCAGGCUCCCGACCGACCGCGAAAGUGGACGGCCGAAGGGAUUCGGAUACGUCGAGUUUGUGGACGUCGACGCCGCCAAAGCCGCGUUCGAGGCGCUUUCGGGCACCGAGAUCGGCGGGCGCUCGAUCAGGCUCGAUUACAGCCAGCCGAGAGAUAACAGCGGUGGUGGUGGCGGUGGGUUCGGCGGUGGACGCGGUGGUGGAUUUGGCGGGCGCGGUGGAGGACGUGGCGGAUUUGGCGAUCGCGGUAGGGGACGUGGUGGGUUCGGCGGCGGAGACCGUGGCGGCUUCGGUGGACGCGGUCGCGGCGGUGGAGACCGUGGUCGCGGCGGCAGGGGUCGUGGUGCUCCUCGCGGACGUGGUGGUGCGCGGAACGGCGCUGUUACCUCAUUCGAGGGCAAGAAGACCACUUUCGACUAA